GAUAAUAAUUCAUACUACAACCAAGCACUUUCUGGGAGUUUUUUUUUUUUAAUCUUUCGGCUGCAGCCUCACUCGGCCAGAUGCAAGUAGUGAUAUGACAUCUUCAGAGGGAGGAGAAAUGAAAGAGGGCAUGUAGGAGUUAGAGAGGAAGAGAAAUUAACAGGAUAUAGGUGUGCUCUGCAUGUGUGAGUGUGUAGAUUUUCACAUGUGCAGUUUGGUCUUGCUGGUCGGAGUACGCUGUGACUUUUCUCAGAGGCAUGAAGAUUAUUUCAAAGCUGAAAUUGCCCAUGCUACACUGAGAGAGACAGAGAAGGCGAAAGAGGAAGGAACAGGCCUGUGUAAAACUUUCCGGCCCAGAUUCACGCAAGAUAACCUCCGUAGAACACAACCACACAAAGAACACGUAAAAAAGAUGAAUUUCUUCUGUCAGUUGCUCAGAGUUUAAAGGUUUCUUUCAUUUUUGAUCACGUUCUCGAGGAUCGAUAGUGAAUCUCCAAAGACAAUAUCAGCUCACCUGAGAAAUUGUGUUGCACAGACACUGAAAUUGUUAUAGGAAACUUCUAGAUCGAGUGACUUUUUCAGCCAGUAUGCUCACCAUGAGGCUUACUUUUAGCUAUUUGCUUCUGUUCCUUGUUCUCGGACCCUGUUUCAAGUCCACUGAUUCACAAGAGACAACGACAAAUACAGAUGCAAUCCUCCCCACAUCACAGAACAAUUUCACUGUGGAGACAACUUUAAGUCCUGAAAUCACCACACCUGAAAAUACAAUUACUCUAGCACAGACAGAAACGGAUCUGGAUACAUCAGAAACCACACUUGUUAAUCAAGUAAGCACCAUGCAGGAACCAACAUCUGAGAGUACUCAACCACUCAGUGCUGAGAUCGAACAAACAUCACAAAUAUCUGUUCCUGAAACUACAACUGUACAAACAGAGCAGACCACAGUGACCACCCCUACUGUGUAUGUUAAUGUGGAAACAACAGCGACUGAACAAAUAACUUCAGAUGCCCCAAGCACAAGUCAUUAUGAAACAACUGUUGCCUUCACUGAGUUAACCAUUCCAGCAGAACGUCCUACAGAUGAAAUCACCACAGCAACUGUGGCCAUGACCACUGAGUCAACAGUAGCCCUCAAUCCCACAUCCAUCCUCGCCGAAUCAACUGCAGACUGGACUGAUCCUCCGUCCAUCAUCUCCAGCCCUGCGGACACCAGCACUACCAGUCUAACACCAACUUCUCAGCUCCCUCAAAAUACUGCUGCACCCAUGCACCCGCUCACGACUCUUGAUGAAGAAUCAGUCUCCACCUAUUUCACCUCCAUCAUCCCCGCAAUAAACGACAGCAGAGCCACUCCCAUAGAAACCAACUGGAUAUUAAUAAUCAUAGUGUGUGUGGCCGUUAUUUUUCUGCUGUGUGUGGGCAUGAUUCUGUUCGUCCAUUGGCGAAAGAAAAAUGCCUCAAGGAAUUUUCGGCCCCAAAGUAAAUGGUCCAAGAAGAAAAAAGGGGGGGAGAAUGACGCAUGGGCGGGGCCUGUAAAUCUGGAGGCGGGAGCUGAAAAUGAUGCUGAGGUACAGGAGGGUCUUCUUCCUAAUAAUGGGAAAUCGGAUGGAGAUGAUAUGGUGCUCAGCACAUUCACCACCCCAGAUGGAGGAGACAUGGCUAAUGGUGGAGUGGGUGGGGACGGGACCAAAGAGGCUAAGAAAUGGGAAGAGCAGGAGCCUUUUAAAUUCAUAGAUGAGGAUGUGAAUGAAGACAAGACAACACUGGCAGAGAAUGAGAAACAGAAAGGAGAUGAAAAAAGUGAAGAGAAGGGGAUGAAUGGAGGAGAAACAUUCUGUCUCACCACUGCUGUUUAAAAGUCUUCUGUUGACUAAAUGAACAUCAAGGGUUUAAGGGAUUUAGUUUUUAUAUAUUAUCUGAUGAUCGCAAUUCAUUAUCAGCAAAGGUGCAAUGUAUUAUGAUGCUCUAAAAAACCUACUUAUUUUCCACAGUUGUUUUAUACUUAAAAGUGCGGUAAUAUUAGUCAAAUUUCCGCAAAAUUUGGCCAGCAAAAUAUCUGUUGCCUAGUGUCAAUACUGUACUGUAGUUGUGUGAAGCACAACUUCUAUACACAGUUUGAACAGCAAGAUUGUGUUCAGUUUUAUCUCUUUCUUCCAUUUUGUAUCUUUGGGUUCGCAUAAGAGCCACUUCAUCCGGGACUUUGUCUCUUUCAUUCCAACAUAAGAAAACAUUUCUGCAUCUGAAAUGGCAUUUAGAUUCAUUUACACAGGCAGUUUAACGCAGCUUAGAGGGGACGCAUUUAAUAGCAGUUACAAGUGCAUAAAUAAUGUUUUGUUUUAAAUGUAAAACGUUGAAUAUUGAUAUUUGAAAAGAUUUAAACCAUGAAAAUAUAGCCUACUUGAAAUGUGGAAUUAAAAACCGCAAGUCACUGUUAAUGAGCGAGUCAUAGACAUUAAAUUUAAAAGGCCAUUUAAAAGGUUGAUUCUUUCAAUAAGCCUGCACAUUUCAAUUAGGAGCUAUAGCUAGUGGAGUACAAGUGAAAGUUGACAGAAAUAUUCAAACCCAGAUUCUAUUAAAUAUUAAAGUACAGGUUCUCAUAAAAAAUACUUAAGUACUCUAAUAUUAUUUCGUUACAUUACACCUCUGUGACUAAUUGAACACAUUGCAAAAUUGCUGUGGGUAACUCUUUCACCCACGCAAAUUUGCAGAUUACAUGGAAUGCUAUUGAAAAUACUGGAUUUCAUCAGCAAAAACUUACUUUACCAUACUUUAAGUAAUGGUUGAAUUAAUUAAACUUAAUCAUUUAUCCAUUUCAAAUGUUUGCUAGUGAUGUAGAUUUAAAAAGAAACAGUCUGGAUCUUUAGAUAUAUGUGUUUUUGUUUGUUUUGAGGUUGGAUAGUGCACUAAAAUUCACUGAUUAUGGCAUACAAUGUUGAUGUUUAAAAAACCAGUUAACCUUUAGAACUUACAUUCUGAGAAUGAAGCUUUUUUUCUCUCCCUGUAAGUAUAGAGAUUUAUGGCAUAGCAUAUUAAUCAAUGAUGGCAAAAUAUGCAAUAAAAUAUUUAUAUUUUUAAAUACAAA